GUCCUGGGUUCUCGCCGCCGCCGCCGGAGUUUCGGCGUUUCGAAGCCGCUGCCCCCUACCAGCUCCAGGCCGAGCCCCCGACCCUCACAGCCGCCAUGUCGUCAGACUUCGAAGGCUACGAGCAGGACUUCGCGGUGCUGACCUCAGAGAUAACCAGCAAGAUUGGGAGGGUCCCCAAACUCUCUCCAGAUGAGAAGAAGCAGAUGGUCGCUAAUGUGGAGAAACAGCUAGAAGAAGCAAAAGAACUGCUUGAACAGAUGGAUCUAGAAGUCCGAGAGAUCCCUUCACAGAGCAGAGGAAUGUAUACCAGCAGAAUGAGGAGCUACAAGCAAGAAAUGGGAAAACUUGAAACAGAUUUUAAAAGGUCACGGAUCGCCUACAGUGACGAAGUACGGAAUGAGCUCCUAGGGGAUGAUGGGAAUUCCUCCGAGAACCAGUUGAUAAAAUUACGUGAAGAGAGGGCACAUCUGCUCGAUAACACAGAGAGGCUGGAAAGGUCAUCUCGGAGACUAGAGGCUGGAUACCAAAUAGCAGUGGAAACCGAGCAAAUUGGCCAGGAGAUGUUGGAAAACCUCAGUCAUGACAGGGAGAAGAUACAACGUGCUCGGGAAAGGCUUCGAGAAACAGAUGCUAACUUGGGGAAAAGUUCUCGGAUCUUGACAGGAAUGUUGCGAAGGAUCAUCCAAAACCGUAUUUUGGUGGUUAUCCUGGCAAUCAUCGUGGUCAUCACCAUCCUGACGGCUAUUUUUAUUUCUGUCAAAGGACACUGAUGUAUCUGCUCUUCCCUGAUAUACAGCACCACACGCCUUGUUCUGAGUAAUUAAGACAAAGUGGUCACAUGAAUCAUCCCUUUGCACUGACAGGCCCGAGUGCCCCCUUCUCCUCCCCCACUCUUGCCACUGUUCAACUUUGGUGCAAGGAGUGUAAAUGAUGUUUUCUAUUCUUGAUUGCAUGUGGGGUGAUUUCCCCUCCUGCUGAUGUCUUCACAGAGAUAUUUUUUGGGAAAAAAUUUCACUGAGUGAUCAGAAUAGUAUUUGUUAAAUUCUUUCUCCAGUCUAUGAAAAUAGAAAGGGCCAGGUUGUUGGGUGU